CUCACUGUAGUCGGCAUUCUGAUUGGUCAAGCCGUAUCUCCCACAAUCCUAUCCGCCAGUACAGACAGCUUCCGCCUUGUCAGGCUUGUCUCCAGGACCUUGCCGCUUCGUGGUGGUGACGUCAUUCUGCGCCAACGCGCAGAUGGAGAAAUCAUUCUUGGACGGCCAUGAAAACAGGAGGAGCGCUGGUGUCCAGGCUGAACCGAGGAGCGGGGAGGCCUGCAAUGUAACAGAGUUGCAACUUUGGUGUUGAAGAGGGUACUGAAAGACCUUGAUGAUAUUUUUGCUUGGGCAUAGUUGUUUGAGAGAAUAAACAUGGAUCGAGGAAGAGGCCAAAGGGAAGGGGCAAGCAUGAGCAGAAAUAUUUACCCACAACAAUACAACUACCCCUCCUCGCAGAAUUUAGAGAUACAGGAACUGGCAUCUAAAAGAGUAGAUAUUCAAAAAAAGAGAUUUUAUUUGGAUGUCAAGCAGAGUGCUCGAGGCCGUUUUUUGAAAAUAGCUGAAGUCUGGAUUGGAAGAGGGCGACAAGAUAACAUCAGAAAAAGCAAGUUGACUUUAUCUUUGUCUGUUGCUGCUGAAUUAAAGGAUUGUUUGGGAGAUUUCAUUGAGCAUUAUGCUCACCUGGGUCUUCGAAGCAGUCAUUCUCAACGCAGUGACCAUGGAAGUGAUAAGGAGCACGAUUCCAGGAGGAGACCACAUCCAGUAUCCCCUUCGGGAUCUGUUGGAUCAGAAGAACCUACAACACACAGUGUUCUGAAGACUGAAUAUAUUGAAAGAGACAAUAGAAAAUAUUAUCUAGACCUUAAAGAAAACCAGCGUGGACGUUUUUUAAGAAUUAGACAAACUAUGACCAGAGGGCCUGGAAUGAUUGGCUACUUUGGCCAGAGUUUGGGUCAGGAGCAGACUAUUGUUCUGCCAGCCCAAGGAAUGAUUGAAUUUAGGGAUGCUCUGGUUCAGCUUAUUGAAGACUACGGAGAAGGAGACAUAGAAGAGCGAAGAGGGGGUGUAGAUGAACCCCCUGAGCUUCCAGAAGGAACAUCAUUCAGAGUGGACAAUAAGAGGUUCUACUUUGAUGUUGGUUCCAACCGUUAUGGCAUAUUUCUGAGGGUAAGUGAGGUUAGACCACCCUACCGCAACACUAUUACAGUUCCUUACAAAGUAUGGACGAGGUUUGGUGACAAUUUUAUCAAGUAUGAAGAAGAAAUGAGAAAAAUUUACAAUGGCCAUAAAGAAAAGAGAAUGGAUGUACGCGUGGACAGUAGUGAAGAGCAAGAGUGUCCUGAAUAGAUGAAAUGCCAAUGGAACACCAUAGAAAAAUAAUUCAAGUCUUUUUAUUGGAGACAAAUGCUAUAGUAUUUUAGAAGAUUUCCCCAUUUUUCAUUUUCUGUUAACUCCUAAUUUUUUAGCAGAAUACCUUUGGACAAAAAUAGUACAUCAAGAGUCUGGUAUCUAGGUUUAAUUACAACACAAAUACUCUUACAAGUGUACUAGCCUCCGUUGGAGCUGCUUCAAUAAUUCAAGACUUUUCCAGUAUGUUUUUGAUCAGCACAAAGUUCAACAUUUAAGAAACCUUAGGUAAGACUUGAAUUGCACUAUCAAAGCUAAUUACAUAUAUCUAUAUUUCUACUUUUAUAGAUGUAUAGAUAUAUUAUACACAUGAGAAAUAUUAUCUAAAACCUUUUUUUUUUUCCCUUUCUGUGCAUUUUAAUUUGAUAAAACAAAAGUUCUGCCAAGCUUAUUUA